AUGAUUGCUGCUUACAAAAUGUCUGAACUCCAUUCUGCUCCAAAAUUUUCUCUUCAGGACAAUCAAUCUGACGAAUCUUCGCCUCUAGAGAAGUCGUUCCAAGACAAGGUCCAUGUAGAAGAGAGCCCAAAAUUUGCGUUAGAAGUUGACGCUGCUCCUCCCUUACCUCACGAAGACCAGGAACAUUCCCAUGAACCCAGUCAUCCUUUGCCCCGCGUUCAGUCUCCUAUCCAAGUAAAUGAUUAUGUCGAUCAUAAACUUGCUGAAGACCGUUACCGAUCUUCCGCUGCAAGAAAUUUUGAACCCAUCUCCAUUCCAAAUUCCCAAAUUCCUUCCGACGAUGAGGCCGAUGAAGACGACCAUAUCUCCUCUCAGGCUUCUGCCGCUUUCCAUCCUAAAAAUACUUCCCCGUAUCUUCACCCUCUUUCUAAAUCAGGGUCGCCCAGUAACGAAGAAGAUUCCGACGACCAUCAUCAGGAUUCCAAGCCUUCUUCUCCCAGUGCUUUCAGAUUUGUUCGUGGAUUUCCUUCUUCAGAGGAUUUGAUCGGCGAUCCCAAUGAUCCUUAUCGUCGAACCCGUAGAGCUCCCAUCAAAAGUGAUCCUCGCGAAAUUCCCUCCCAGUUUAUAUUCAAAAAACCGGACCACAAGCAUCAUCACAGCAAUCAUCAUCAUCACGGUAAUCAUUCCAAUUCAAGCUCCUUGUCUUUAAAAUCUUUGCUGCAUUCGCAUGAUAAGCACGAUAAACACGACAAGCACGAAAAGCAUCACAGUUCGUUGGAUUUGCGUCGUUUCUUUAAAUCGAACCAAAAGUCCGAUAAAAAGGGUGUCUCCAAAUCAAAGUCAAGCAGUAGUAUUCAGGAUGAUCAUUUCGGGUUAUUUAAAAAGUAUGGCAAAUUUGGUCGUAUCUUGGGCUCGGGCGCCGGUGGUUCUGUUCGCAUCAUGAAGCGUUCUUCCGAUUCAAAAAUUUUUGCCGUCAAGGAAUUCCGUUCUCGUAGACCAUCCGAGUCAGAGCGCGAGUAUGCUAGAAAAGUCACCGCAGAGUUUUGUGUGGGUAGUGCUCUUCACCAUACAAAUAUCAUUGAAACUUUGGAUAUCAUAGAGGAGAAUAAUAAAUUCUACGAAGUUAUGGAAUACGCACCCUACGAUAUGUUCUCAAUCGUCAUGAGUGGACAAAUGGCACUGCCCGAGAUUUAUUGCUGCUUUAAACAACUUCUAUCUGGUGUCGCUUAUUUGCAUUCUAUGGGCCUUGCCCAUCGUGAUUUGAAGCUCGACAACCUCGUUGUUGAUGAAAAUUGUAGCGUCAAAAUCAUCGAUUUCGGAAGUGCUGUGGUGUAUAAAUAUCCAUUUGAAGCGGACAUCGUGGAGGCAACUGGUGUGGUCGGUUCUGAUCCAUAUCUUGCUCCGGAAACGUUAACUAAAAAAUUGUAUGACCCUCGUGCUGUUGAUAUAUGGUCUUGUGCCAUAAUAUAUUGUUGUAUGGCUCUUCGUAGAUUUCCUUGGAAAUAUCCCAAACUAUCUGAUAAUUCCUUCCGUCUGUUUUGCAUGAUACCUCCUACAAAAGGAGACUUUUCGGAAGACGAAGCUCUAAAAACGAUAAAAGAUAGAGGAUUAGUUGACCCAGGUCUCUCAUCUUACAAAGCGCCAAAUGCACAGCAACACUCUUCUGAACAUAAAGUGCAUGCCAGUGGCAAACAAGAAGUGUAUGGACCAUGGAGGUUACUACGCUUAUUGCCUCGUGAUACGCGCGCAGCCGUGUUGCAUAUGCUUGAAUUGGACCCUAAGAAAAGAUAUGAUAUCCAUAGUGUGUUCGCUGAUGACUGGGUUGCUAAUAUCUCUAUGUGCCAUAUGCAAAAUAACAAGUUGAUUCGUUCUCCUACUCACCUUCAUAAUCUCGUUUCUCCUGAAGGCUCUCCAUAUCCUCAUGUCAAACGGUAG